UGUCAAUUUAGUACAGUUGAUGCGGCUGUGCGAGAGCACUUGCUGGUGUUAUCCCCAGAGCACGUAUACAUGUUUAGUGUGUGCAUUUCAUUUCUGCUCUCUUGGUGGUGGUUUAAAUAAUUUCGAGUUUGUUCCCCUUGUUUUCCACACAUUCAACACAUUCUCAUUUGCUGGUUGCCAUUGUGUGGGGUACAUCGUGUGUGCAUUCGUUUAUGUGAUUGUGUGUGUUGAGUUAAUUUUUUGGGAACAGUUGACUCGUAUUUUAUUUUGCUCUGCUGCUUGAUUCCAUUCCUUUUAGCUUGAUUGUGGUGUUAUUACGUACGUAGCUAUCUGUCCGUGCGUUUCGUCUGUGUGUGUAUAAUUUUGUCGUCACUGUGGAAUUUAAUCAGUUCGCGGACGUUUUUGGUAUAUUUAUGCUUGCUAGCCGACCACAGAGUAAUAAUAAGAAAAAUAAAUAACCAUAAAAGAGCCCUAAAAGCAUCAAGUGUGUGAAAAAAGAAAAGUAGUAAUUGUGAAACCGCUCUAAUAAUGGCUACGAAAUCAAAACGCGCGGGUACUGCCACGCCCCAGCCGGGUAGCACCAGCACUCCUUUAAUGACUGGUGCCCAUCGUCCAUCCAGUCCUUUGAGCCCCACACGCCAUUCGCGUCUAGUGGAAAAAGCCGAAUUGCAAAAUUUGAAUGACCGUCUGGCAGCCUACAUUGAUCGAGUACGCAACUUGGAGACAGAAAAUGCCCGCCUAUCCAUUGAAGUACAAACAACACGCGACACCAUAACUCGCGAGUCCACCAACAUCAAAUCUAUGUAUGAAAAUGAACUUGGUGAUGCCCGGCGUUUAUUGGAUGAUACUGCCCGUGAAAAGGCUAAAUUAGAAAUCGAUAUUAAACGGCUGUGGGAAGAGAACGAGGAAUUGAAGGCCAGAUUGGAUAAGAAAACUAAAGAAUGCUCUAUAGCUGAAGGAAAUGCUCGCAUGUAUGAGUCACGUGCCGCUGAUUUGAGCGCCAAAUACAGUGCAGCAAAUGCAGACCGCAAAAAAGCUGUUGAUGACCUUAACGAACUUCAAAAGGAACUUGAUCGUCUACGCAAGCAGUUGGAAGAAGCUCGUAAACAUUUGGAAGAUGAGACAUUGGCCCGCGUCGAUUUGGAGAACAAUAUUCAAAGUCUUCGUGAGGAAUUAACUUUCAAAGAUCAAAUUCAUUCACAAGAAAUCAAUGAGACUCGUUCAAGACGUCAAGUGGAGAUAAGCGAAAUUGAUGGGCGUCUCUGCGAGCAGUAUGAGGCUAAAUUGCAACAAUCACUACAAGAAUUGCGUGAGCAAUACGAAGGCCAAAUGCGGGCCAAUCGUGACGAGAUUGAAAUGUUGUAUGAACAGAAAAUUAAGAAUCUUCAAGCUGCUGCCAACCGCAACUCAGGAGCCGCAUCAAGUGCUAUUGACGAGCUGCGUGCUACCCGUACACGCAUCGAUACUUUGAAUAGCCGCAUUAAUGAAUUGGAAUCAACAAAUGCUGCACUGAAUGCUCGCAUUCGUGACUUGGAGCAGCUUUUGGACAAUGAAAGGGCUCGCCACAAUGCUGAUAUUGCUGGUUUGGAAGCCGAAUUGCAGCGCCUUCGCGAAGAAAUGGCUCUACAAUUGCAAGAAUACCAGGAUUUGAUGGAUAUAAAGGUUUCUUUGGACUUGGAAAUUGCUGCCUAUGACAAACUCCUGUGUGGUGAAGAAUCCCGUCUUAAUAUAACCCCAGGCCCAGGGUCUGCCACUGCCAGCUCUUUUAGCCAGUCGUUGCGUUCUUCCCGCGCCACACCCCAUCGCAAGACCCCUAUGCGUGCCCCCUCAACUGCCUCGGGAGCUUACAAGCGCAAACGUACUGUGGUCGAUGAAUCCGAAGAUGUCAGCCAGUCGGAAUACUUUGUAACCAGCAGCGCCAAAGGUGAUGUAGAAAUUUCCGAAUUCGAUCCCGAGGGUAAAUUUGUCAAAGUUCACAACAAAGGAUCCAAUGAGGUACAAAUUGGUGGAUGGCAAAUAAAACGCAAUGCUGACGGCAAGGAGACCAGCUUUAAAUUCCAUCGUACUGUAAAAAUUGAUGCUGGAGCUACCGUCACUGUUUGGUCUUCCGAUGUUACCGGUGUGACACACGAGCCACCAACCAAUAUUGUCAUGAAAUCCCAAAAAUGGCUUAGUGGUGAAAGUAUAAAGACAUCCCUCUUCAAUGCUGAUGGCGAGGAAGUUGCCGGAGCGGAACGUGUUAAGCGCACCGUCAUACGUCAUAUUUCACGCCAUCGCACAGGUGGCCUCGGCAGUGGACGUCAAAGUGUAUCUGUAUUCGACGGUGUGGGCAAUGAAGAUUUGUAUCAUCAACAAGGGGAUCCAGAACAACAACAAGGAGAGGAGAAAUGCCGUUUAAUGUAAAUGUAAACAGAGCGAGAAACGAGAGUAUAGAGAGAAGUGGCAGAAAAAAAGGAAAUGUUUAAGGUGUAGUUUUUAGGAAAGGAGCGUAUGUUAGACACAACUCCAUAAACGAAGAUGACGCGCAACUUUACUAAUGUUCUAUUCUCAAAUAAGAAAAGAAAUGUAUUUGCUUCCUGCUCAAGUUCUCUUUAAUAGAUUAACUUAUACUUAAACUUCUUCUUUAAUGAUUUCAAUUUAUUAAUAUUCCGAAGAACACAAAAACAAAAAAACAAAAGAGAGAACAAACAGAGAACCCUUGUACUAUUGUAUUUACACAGAGAAAAACUUUUUCAUAUGAGGGAACAUCAGUUCAAUUUUUAAAGGUUAUAUAUGCUUUCUUUUUCUUUUAAAUUUGGAACAAGCAAUUCACUUUAUGACCCCAAACUUUAUAUUUAGAACUACCAGCAUAUCAAACCCAGUUUGAACAAGUAUCCAUCAACUACCAUUAUUUGACUGCUUAAAUAUCACAAAGAUGUAUUUCGUAAACACAUAACAAUAACCGCAUAGAAGUUGAUACAUUUAAAUUCAUAAUAAUUUUUUUUACAAUUUGUUUCUACAUUAAAGAGAGAACACUUUACACUUUAUUUUUUUUUUUUUUUUUUUGUAACUAUAAGUAAACUAACUUUAAUUAUAGUAAUUAUAAAUAACAACAAACAUGAGAAGAGAAAUGCCUUUUGGGGCAAGACAUGAAAAUAAACCAACACAAUGUACAAAUUUAUGUUUCAUUAACAAUCAAACAA